AUGGAAAAAGAUGAAGUGCUUCCGGAUACUCCAUCAUAUAACGAGGCUUUAUCUCAGAGGUCGACUAGUGUUUGGAAGAGGUUCGCUGUUGGAUCCAGCGAUGCGUCUGCCGAAAAUGAAACGAAGAGGGCUAUGCAGAGCAGACACUUGAUGAUGAUCGCAAUCGGAGGGACUAUUGGGACGGGUAUUUUCUUGAGCGCUGGAUCCGCUAUCGCGUUGGCCGGCCCAGGAAGUGCUCUGCUCUCGUAUUUUAUCGUCGGGGUUUUUGUAUACAGCGUCGUGAUUAGUCUGGGGGAAAUGUCUGCCAUGUUCCCCGUAUCCGGCGCUUUCUCCGUGUUUGGUACUAGAUUCGUCUCUCCUGCGCUAGGGUUUACUUUAGGGUGGAAUUACUGGUUUCAGUGCGAGCUGACUGCUGCUGCGAUCAUCUUACAGGCAAGUUGGCUUAUUUUUACAUGCACCGAGAACAUUGCCGAUAGGACGUUUCAUCAGUAUUGGGCACCGCAAGUCCAGGCCUGGGAAUGGGCGCUUGCCAUCAUUGUCCCUGUUUUCUUACUUCAACUGAUACACGUUCGAGUUUAUGGAGAGUCUGAGUACUGGUUUGCUCUCGUUAAGGUCCUGAUGAUUAUAGUGUUCAUCUUUGUUGGGUUGAUCUACGACUGGGGCGGAGUAAAAGGACAUCCUGGACCCGGUUUGUCGAAUUUCCAUAACGGCCAAGCUUUCAUCGGUGGCUUUGAAAAUUUCGCUCAGACUUUUGUCUACGCCUUCUACUCUUUUGGCGGUGUCGAGCUUGUGGCAGUUGCUGCGGGAGAGUCAGCUCAACCGCAUAAAACGGUUCCUCGGGCUAUCAAAGCUACAUUCUUCCGGAUAGUCCUUUUCUACAUUUUGACCAUCCUGACUAUCGGACUCUGCAUCAACUGGCAAGACCCCACCCUACUCAGCGCAGCAUACGACUCGGAUGUGACAGCGUCUCCACUGACUGUGGUCUUCCAGCGCGCUGGAUUCGGUGCUGCUGCCCAUGUCGUCAAUGCCGUUCUCUUGACCGCAGUUUUGUCCGCUACAAAUUCGUGCUUCUAUGCGAGUUCACGUAUGCUUCUCUCAUUGGCUAGAUCUGGUCAGGCCCCUCGCAUCUUCGGCUGGGUAAACAGCCGAGGCGUUCCUGUGCCCGCACUCCUCAUGUCGCUCGCAGUAUCAUUCAUCACGUUCCUUACAACGAUCUGGGGAGAGGGAAUCGUAUUCACUUGGCUGGUCAAUCUCACAGGAAUAUCAGCAUUGCUUGUGUGGGGUUCGAUCGGUCUCAUCUCUUUGCGUUUUCGCAUGGCAUAUCGAGCUCAGGGGCGUUCGCUGUCGGAUUUGCCUUAUACUCAACCUUUUUUCCCUUUGUUACCUGCCGGAGUCGUCGUGCUCGCCAUACUCAUGUUCAUUGCGGAAGGAUAUUCGGCAGUCAAAGAACAGCCGUUUGAAGCCAAGAAUGUCGCCGCCACAUACAUUGGUGUCGCCCUCUACAUCGUCCUGUACAUCGGCUACACCCUCUAUGAGCGAUUUUGGCGUGGAAUACGACAGUAUUUCGUGCCGUUGCUCGAGGUGGACCUGGAAACAGAUGCUGUUUGGAAAGCUGGCGAAGGUGCAAUGAUCCGAGACCGUGAGAGCAAAAAUGAGGAGGGCGCUACCGUUCUGACAGCCCGGGGAUGGCGUACUUGGUUAUCUUAUACAGCUAAACAUGUUUAUUGA